GUCUAUCUCUCAUGAGAAGGCGAGUCUUAAAGUUCCAUCAGAAUGGGCAGUCUCUCCUCAGACGCAGCAGGACGACAGCAGCAACGGAUCAUGGAGAGGUGUCCGUAGCUUCACAACGGGACUCCCAUCGUCGUCACGGUCCACUGCUGCGCGAGCAUCACCUCCGCCACGGAUACUUCCUCCGUGCCGUGAAAGCACAAGGCCGUCGGCGAGCUGCACACCGACACCGGAGAAAAAAAUGAACAUCCAGGUCCUGCCAGACCACAAGCUGUCAUCAGUGGCCCCGCUGAAACCCUGCAAUGUGGAGAAGAAGGAGGUGGAACUGAUAUUGGUGAAGGACCAAAAUGGGGUCCAGUAUACCAGUUCGACCAUCAUGCCCACCCCCAGCACGCACGGCACCCCCUGCACCGCUGAGGAGCUGGAGGAGAGGGAAACAUGGGGAAAGAAAAUAGACUUUCUCCUAUCCGUCAUAGGCUUCGCAGUGGACUUGGCCAAUGUCUGGAGAUUCCCUUACCUCUGCUACAAGAAUGGAGGUGGUGCCUUUCUAAUCCCCUACAUUCUGUUCCUGGUGAUUGCUGGGAUGCCUCUGUUCUAUAUGGAACUAGCCCUGGGACAGUACAAUAGGGAAGGAGCUGCUACAGUCUGGAAGAUCUGCCCUGUCUUUAAAGGUGUGGGCUACACUGUGAUCAUCAUAGCGUUGUAUGUGGGUUUCUACUACAACGUCAUCAUAGCCUGGUCCCUGUACUACCUGUUCUCCUCUAUGACCAGUGAGCUGCCCUGGCUCCAUUGUGGCAACGCCUGGAACAGUCCGAACUGCACAGACCCCAAGCUACUAAACGGAUCCUUCCUGGGCAAUGGGACGUCUUAUGCCAAGUACAAGAUGACGCCGGCUGCAGAGUUCUAUGAGCGUGGCGUACUCCACCUCCAUGAGAGCAGGGGGAUCCAGGACCUGGGCAUGCCUCGCUGGGAGCUGGUCCUCUGUCUGGUGGCUGUGGUCUUUCUACUCUACUUUAGUCUCUGGAAGGGCGUCAAGUCCUCCGGCAAGGUGGUGUACAUCACGGCCACCAUGCCCUAUGUGGUGCUGUUCGUCCUGCUGAUCAGAGGCAUCACUCUGCCAGGGGCUAUGGACGGCAUACGGGCCUACCUCCACAUCGACUUUAAACAACUCAACGACCCCAAGGUGUGGAUUGAUGCUGCUACCCAGAUCUUCUACUCAUUGGGAGCUGGCUUUGGAGUGCUCAUUGCAUUUGCCAGCUACAAUAAAUUUGAUAACAACUGUUACAGGGAUGCUAUCCUGACCAGUACAGUGAACUGUGUCACCAGCUUUUUUUCAGGUUUCGCCAUUUUCUCUGUGCUCGGCUACAUGGCCUACAAACACGGAGUUAGGAUAGAGGACGUGGCCACUGAAGGUGCAGGACUGGUGUUCAUCAUCUAUCCUGAGGCCAUCUCCACCCUGCCUGGAUCUACCUUCUGGGCCAUAGUAUUCUUCAUCAUGCUGCUGACUCUGGGCAUCGACAGCUCUAUGGGCGGUAUGGAGGCAGUCAUCACAGGACUGUCAGACGACUUCAAGAUCCUGAAGAGGAACAGGAAGCUGUUCACCUUCGCCACGGCAUUCGGAACCUUCCUUGUCGCGCUCUUCUGCAUCACUAAUGGAGGUAUAUAUGUGCUGACUUUGUUGGAUAACUACGCGGCGGGGACCUCCAUCUUGUUUGGGGUGCUGAUUGAGGCCAUUGGGGUGUCCUGGUUCUACGGCGUAGACCGCUUCAGUGAGGAUAUCGAGCGCAUGAUGGGCUUCAAGCCAGGUCUCUACUGGAGGCUGUGCUGGAAGUUUGUCAGCCCCACCUUCCUACUGGUCGUGGUGAUAGCCAGCAUCGUGACAUCCACGGGCCUGAGUUAUGAUGACUAUGUCUUUCCUUCAUGGUCCAAUGUGAUUGGCUGGGGCGUAGCUCUGUCCUCCAUGAUGUUUGUGCCCAUCUACGCCAUCUACAAGUUCCUCAGUAUGCCAGGGACAUUCAAACAGAGGAUCGCCUACUGCAUCACACCAGAACACGAACAUCAUCUGGUGGCGGAGGGAGCUACCAUCAGACAGUUCACGCUCAAGCACUGGUUGGCUAUCUGACAACCUGAUGUCACCCAACCUUCCCCACUACUCACAAUUCCGGGGUGAUGGAGUCAUUGUGUUUCGACGGCAGAUGUUCCUGCUGCUGAGCCUCCUGCUACUGGAGGAUGGACAGGGAUAACGCCAUGCUCCUUACUGCCUCUCUGUGUUCUGUUGGUUCUGACCCAACCUGUGACCUGCCAUCCCCUCUUUCCCACUCGGCCCCUCAUCUCCCUCUCUCUCUGUGUUCUGUUGGUUCUGACCCAACCUGCGACCUGCCAUCCCCUCUUUCCCACUCGGCCCCUCAUCUCCCUCUCUCUCUGUCGAGUGACUACAGAUUCUCUCACCAACCUCUGCCUACAGGGUCAACUCAGUAUCCUCCAUGUUUUUGCUUUUGAAGUAUCUUUUUAUUGACAACUUUUUACCAUGUGACAUCGUCAUCGUCGUCAUUUUUUAAACGUGAAUACAACUCAUAAGAUGGAGACCUUCCAUGCAGAGCAUGUACAGGUGUUUUCUGUGUUCAUGGACACAGUUAUUGUUUUUCAUAUCAUUUUUUUUACGAUGACUGUUCUGUGUUCAUUAGUUAUACAUGGGUUAGACACUUAAACCAAGUCAAAAAGUACCAAAUGACCACUUCUGUCAUCAUGUAUGCUCUAGGCAGGGGGAGACAAACAUGACUCACAUUGCUUUUUAUCUUCUUGAUUCUUUUCAAAGAGGCCCCUCAAGCUUUUAGGUGAAUGAGAAAGGGAAGACAUCUUGUUUCAUUCAUUGUCAUCUUUGUAUGUCUGACUGAGUAGGUCCCUAGUCACUACUCAAGAUAACAGCAGCUCAACUGUGUCAGUGCCUUAUCGAGCUAGACACUUCCCAACCUGUCAAUGUUUUCAUUGGUCCAUACAGAAUGGUAAAUGUUUUCAUUGGUCCAUACAGAAAGGUUUUGCCCGACGACUCAGGAAUCCUCCUGCAGAUCAGAGCUCGUGGAUGAUAGAUACACUUCAUGGUUACCAACAUACAUUAUUAAUUCAGUUCGAAUGACAAUGUCCUUUAGAUAUUCAUCUUACAGCAGUAGAGGUUUUUCCCAGUUGCCUUCUCCAUCUUUUGAAACCUACCUGAAACAGAUCUGAAGCUUUUGUCACCUGUCUCACAGAAAAGGGAACAAUUUAUGUUGAGACUCAGAAGUGUUUUGUCUUGCAAGUGGUCGUCCUUAUGCUUUACACAUGGCCUUUACACAGAGCAGUGGUCUACAUUGUCCUGCUAUGGUUACUAAUGGUACUGUGUGUACCAACUUUAAUGUGUUGCAUAGUACUAGCAUCCUCUUCAGAGAGGCUUGUGCCCUUGAUCCAAUGAUUUGCCUUCGCCGUGCUGGUGGAUAAACAGUAGUAUUAAACAGUGGGGAAGAGACACAAAGGGAGGCUUUGAUUAAAUUAAGUUGAAUCCAGCACUUGAAAGAAGUCUUUAACAGAAGUACUUGUUUCAGUUUUCUAUGGAGAGGUAAGCACUCUUAGUGUUUUAGGGAAUGUUUUCAGGCAUGCAAGAAAUGCCCUGUUUUAUCAAAAGCUUAACUGACUAACAGCACUAACACAGGUAGACUCAACAAAACAAGUGAUUUCUUUACUUUUUAUACAAUGUUCUCUUUGUUAUGUUGCAUCUUUCCAAUUCAUUGUUUUGUGGUACAUAUGGGUGAGGGAAAUCAGGAGCUUCUCCUUCAAAGUGUGUGUGUGUGUGUGUGUGUGUGUGUGUGUGUGUGUGUGUGUGUGUGUGUGUGUGUGUGUGUGUGUGUGUGUGUGUGUGUGUGUGUGUGUGUGUGUGUGUGUGUGUGUGUGUGUGUG